UUCAUGAGCGCCUGCAUCGCAACCUGGCAGAGCUCACACGUGGGACUGCUUCGACGUCGGGCUAUGCCGCUUGUUGCUUCAGUAAUUCUGUUCAAUCGAUCCACAGGCUUCAGAUGAAGUGCCAGCGAAUCGUCUAAUUUCAGGGCAUGCAAUUUUUUCAAGCUUCUUCCUCUUCUUCUUCGUUUAUUUAAUUUAUUAUUUAUAAUUUUGUUUUGUUUGUUUCUAUUUUUGGGAUUUUCCUUUCGUUUUGUUUUGUUUUCUGUUUCUGUUCUCUUUUUCUUUUUCCAGCGGGGAGAUCGUGAAAGCUGUGUGAGAGAAGAGGUGCGAGUAUGCAUUUAGCGGGUUGAAGCAGGCGUGUGCAAUCGGGUGGCGAGGGGAAGGGCAUUUUCCUUCAGGGCUCAUUUUCUGUCUGAGAUGAUGACAGAUCGUUUUAAUAUUGAGUUUUCUUAUUUUUAUGUUUGUGCUAAUUCGAGGCUUAAGGGGAGUUUUUUUCGUUCUCUUACUGUCUGCUCUGUUUUGAUACGAUUCUUGACAUUCAAGCUUGAUGUGGUGCUGUGACAAGCACUCAGUGCAUUGCAAACUGAAUCCAGCCCUAAGAUUGUGGAAAUAAUUAGCGUUUCCGAUUCUUUAUCUAGGUUCGAGGAAGAUCUGGAAUUCGUGAGAUAAUUACGUAGCAAUUUAGCAUAACCAGCUUCGAGAUUUGAAAAUAAGAUCAGAUUAUGAACUGCUAAGAUUUGGAAAGUGCUAGGAUCUCUUACAAAGGUCUUCAAUUCAAAGUCAUGUGUUCAGCCUCUAUUUCAUGAAUAUAAUUAAGCUUUCCUCAUGUGUGUCAUGUGUGCUUUUUAUUCUUCGUGAAUACUCUCGACGCUUCUCCUGUUAAAUAGCUUAUUUGUAGUAUAGUAUGAUAAUUACUCGAUGAUACCUCUGAAGAACGUUCUUCAAUGACAUAUAUUAGUAUCACUUCUGUAUCUGAUUCUUCUUGCAAUUGCUAGUUCUCUCUAAUUCUGGUCUUUCGCUAGAAAUGUUUCUGUAAAUUAUCAAUUGUAGGGCAUGAUGGUCACUUCUCAGAGAUUCAACUGAUCCGAGCCCGUAUGUAGACAUGCGUGGCUGACAUUUUUGCGUCUCAUGCCACUCUUUUUUAGAUUAAAUACAUAUCUAUGUCCUGGAAUGGGCAAGUGUGACACGUCUAUUACCUGCGCAUAUCUCCAUACUAUUUAAACUGGUCAAUCUCUUGCAAAUUUUAGGGUUGACGUUUUUCGUAAUAUAUAUAUAUAUAUAUAUAUAUAUAUAUAUAUAUAUAUUUUCUCACUUGCGUACUUACUGCUGCGGCCUUCUUUUUAUUAUUAAUUGGUUAGGUUCUUUGCCUCACUUUGUUGCUGUCUUCUUCUUCUUCUUCUUCUUCUUCUUCUUCUCUCUCUCUCUCUCUCUUCUUUCUUUCUUAUUUAUUUAUUUGUUCAUUUGGUUAUAUAUUCUGUUCUCAGAAUUUCUUCCCCUUCAUUAUGGCUGCAAUUGAGAUGUAUAAUGUGUCUCCUAUACUUAAGUCAAGGAGGUUUAAAUGCUUAUCAUACAAUCUACAACAAUGAUAGCUGGUAGUCUGCACUUCAUUUGGAACCUCGAGAUAUCACCGUUUAUUUGUGUGAUGGCGAAGUAUUUCCUUAAGCUAUGGAAUUCGAUUUUGUAGAUGUUGAUUGUAAGUGCUUCGUAGGAUAGCGUCAUUGGAUUGCAUUGAAAUCAUUCAAAUUUCACUGCAGAGCUUGAGGCUUUGAUGGACUCAAACACGCUUGUUUGAAGAAAAUGACGACCAGCAAAGCAUCGAAACGGAGGAGACGGGAAAGCUCUAUCCAUAGUUCUUCUGAUUCUACAGAGCAGGAAUCAAUCUCAGAUGGAGAAGAAUAUUAUCAUAAAUCAAAGGGGAAACAGAAACUUAGAGAAGUUAAUAUUCAAGAUCAAAAAGAUGUCGAGAGAAAAGUGGAAUAUUCACUCGUGAAUGAGGAGAAGGCUGUGCAAGCAUGUGGUAUAUGCUUGACGGAGGAGGAGGUUGGGAGAGGCAAGCUUGACUGCUGCGACCAUUAUUUUUGCUUUGGAUGUAUCAUGGAAUGGUCCAAAGUAGAAUCGCGGUGUCCUAUUUGUAAGCAAAGAUUCGUGACAAUAGUAAAACUUCCCGUGCCAGGCAUGUCGCGUAGCCGACCACGCACUUUCCACAUUCCUCAUAAAAAUCAGGUUUAUGAGCCGUCCGAAGAAGAGAUCCGCUUGUUCACAGAUCCGUAUCUGCAUGUGGUCUGUACUGAGUGCCAACAGGCUGGAGAUGAACGGCUUCUUCUUUUGUGUGAUGGAUGUGAUGCAGCAGCUCAUACAUAUUGCGUUGGAUUAGGCCGGAAAGUUCCUCGUGGAGAUUGGUUUUGCAAUACAUGUUCUAUUCAGGUGCAAGGAUUUCAGAAUGAUGACCAUGAUGAGGUUUAUAAUGAAUCACAAGAGCACGAUGAUGGAUUUAAUGACUUACAAGAUGAGGAACAUGAUGAAGAUCAUUCAAGCCAUAUGCUCAAUGUAGUGGUCGAAGAGCAACCCAUUCAAAGGGGGCGACCCCGACGACGAGCUGCAGCCUCCCGUUUGAAUCAAGACGGUCGCAGGCACACUCGACUUCAUCCAGCUCCUACAUUAUCACAAGAAGCACGAGCUGCCAUACCAAUCCAAGAACCAAGUGGGUCCAGUCCAUUGAGCAGUGGUUCAGAAUCCACCCCAGCAAGUGCACGCACCUUAUCAUCACAGCGGAUCAUACGUCAAAGAGUUAAUGAUAUCCGGAAUAACUGGGAUCAAUUACGACGAGGGGAAGUACAAUUUGGAUCUAUUUCACGUUCGGCUUCAAGGACACUCGCAUCUCAAGCGGGACGAAAUCAAUCAGCUGAGCCAAGUAAUGAUAUUUCUCAGGCAUGGGCAAUGAUGGAACACGCUCGGGCUCUAAGAGGAGAUAGGGUAGCUCCAAAUCCUGCGCCAACAACUAGGGCUCUUGAACAUGACGAUAUUACACAUGGAGGGAAAAAUGUUAGCAGGGAAGGAAAUGCAGUGCAUUCACCAAGGUUUAGUCAAGUGCGAGAGCAAAUUGUGAGAACAGAAAGUGCUAGACAUAGUCAUCAAGUUGUAGAAAAUAGGCCUAGGAUUCAAUGGAAUCAAAGUCAACAGCAAAACCCAAGAAGAGAAAUUGCAAGUGAGGCCAGUGGUUUGAUAGAGAACAGGUUAAGUAAUCAGACAGACAUAAUUAUAAGAAGAGAUGAUGUGCGAGGAGGCAACCACUUGGUUGAAAGCACACCAAGAGGCCAUAGAGAAGAUGGAAGGGAAGGAAGUCUUGCGGUAGGUGGUAGAUCAAGUGAUCAUAGAGGUGGUCGAAUCAGUGGUCGAAGGGACAUCAGUUCUGUUCAUGGUAUUCAGGAAAACAAUGUACGGGACUUAAGAACAUUUAUAGAUAACAAUGAUCGAGAUCGUGAAAAAGGGAGUAUGCCUGGCAGCUCUGGUGAAAACGAGGGACAUCGCGUUGUGGACAGAAGUGGAAGGAGGUCACAUGUUGAAGACCAGCAAACCCCUAGACUUCGCGCAAGAGGGAGCUCUGGGGAGAGGAGAGAAUUGAAAGAACAGUUAGCUCAUUAUGUAAAAACAGAGCUCAAGCCACUCUAUCGUUUGGGGCAUAUUGAUAAGCGACAACAUAUUAGAAUUGCGAGGUUGGCAACGCAAGAGUUGUUAGCAGCAUUUGGAAUAGAGCACAGGGGUCCUGAAACACGUGCGUUUGGGAGUUUUAGUACUGCUUGUACCCACUUGUCUUCUUCAUCUUCUUCAGUAUUCCCCAACUGUUGCAUGCAAUGUGUGAAACAUAACGUGAGCAAAGUUGUAGGAGUGUUGGUGAAGAAAACUGUCGGUAAUAGCAUCUUGUAGAAUUCUAAUUCUCGUCUCUAAGCAUUUGGUGUUCAAUUAAUUCUAACAAAUAUAAAGUUACGUUUUUGUUGCUGA